CUGUCUGGGCAGUUACCAUAUUUAAACAAGAGGAAUGACCAGAGAAACAGGAGAAUUAGUUAGCAAAACAGAGGGGAUACUUCCAUCAGUUGAGGAGGUUGCAGGAGACUCUCUGUGCAGGAGCAUACACUUCAUACAUUUAGAAUUUUUAUUUCAUUCAUUCAAAGAAAAAGGUUACUUAAUUUAGAUUAUUUAUUUUGGAAGACUCCACAUUGGUAUUUGCCUAUUUACCUGUGUACUCGGAAGUCUGCGGUUCCAGGGACGCAGUUGACUUGGAGAGCGAGAUAAACAUUUAUUCAUGAUUAUAGACAAAGCAUAACUUUUAAAGUUGCAUCAUGCCAUGUUACAUUUCAGUGUGUUUGUACAUUUGGCUGGGGUUGUUACCUGGCCGGACAAGUGCAACAGUGAUUGAGGACAUCGAAGUAUUGGUGAUGUUGCCAAAAAAUAACUCUUAUAUGUUCUCAAUAGCAAGAGUGGCCCCGGCAAUAGAGUAUGCAAAGCAGAGGUUGAAAAUCGGAGGCGGUGUGUAUUCCGGAUUUAACUUUAAUUUGCGCUAUGAGGAUUCUAACUGUGGCAAUGAUGCGCUCUUCUCCCUGGUGGACCGCUCCUGCGAGAAGAAGCCGGACUUGGUUCUCGGUCCGGUGUGUGAAUACGCCGCGGCGCCGGUGGUAAGGAUGGCAUCUCACUGGAACAUCCCGGUAAUAUCGACAGGUGCUCUGGCCAGCGGUUUUAGUGACAAGGAGAAAGAAUACUCUCACCUGACCCGAAUCUCCCCGUCUUACCUGAAAAUGGCAGAAACAUUCUCGGCGAUGUUCCGUCACUUCAACUGGAAAGACGCGCUGCUGAUCUUCGAUGACGACAAAGAGGAGAGAAAUUGUUACUUCACUCUGGAAGGGGUGCACCUCAAACUCAUGGAGGAAUAUCAGACCGUACACAUAGCGAUCAACACUAAAGAAGAGGGCCUGAACGCAGAUGACAUCAUCAACUACAUCUACGAGAGUGAAGUUGUUAUCAUGUGUGCGGGAGCAGACGUUGUCCGAGACAUCAUGCUAGCGGUUCACAGAAGGAGGCUCACCAACGGCAGCUACAUCUUCUUCAACAUCGAACUCUUCAACUCCUCGUCCUACGGCAACGGCUCGUGGAAGCGAGGGGAUAGGUACGACAGUGAGGCGCGACAGGCGUACUCUGCCCUCAACACGGUCACGCUGCUCCGGACGGUCAAACCAGAGUUUGACAACUUCUCCCUGGAGGUCAAGAGAUCAAUUCAGAAGGCUGGACUACCGGACUGUGACGACUGUGACAAUAUCAACAUGUUCGUGGAAGGGUUCCAUGAUGCAUUGCUGCUGUACGCCCUGGCGCUGCACGAAGCCAUCAGGAACGGCCUCACCAAGAAGGACGGAGCAGAGAUCACCUAUCGCAUGUGGAACAGAACAUUUGAAGGCAUCGCAGGUCAGGUGUCUAUGGACUUCAACGGGGACAGAUACGGAGACUUCUCUGUGAUGAGCAUGACCAACACAGAGGCAGGCACCUAUGAGACGGUGUGUAACUACUUUGGUGUGAACGAGAGUUUCCAGAUGCUUCCGGUGUUCAACCCUGAACUCUUCACACUGAAAGGACGGCACAGAGUGCACCACACAGACCUGCCAGACAAAUCAUGUGGACUAGGAGUAUCUGCUGUUACUGGGAUCAUAGUGGGAGCUCUGCUGGGGACUGCACUGCUCAUAGCCUUCUACUUCAUCAGGAAGAACUACACUAUAACCAUUGAGAGACGCGCCGCCAGGGAUGAACAUGACAUCGGGAAACAUCGUCAGUUACGAGAAGAUUCUGUCAGAUCUACCUUCUCGGCGGCGUAGAGCAUCACUGAGUUCGUCUGUGGCUCCUGACGUUUCCGUUCCCUUCCAAGCAUCAUGGGAAUGUGACCAAAGACUCGACUGCUGUCAGAGUACUCAUGCUAUUUAAAGAAAGACAUCAUGUCAUUGUUUUGUGUUUUUAAUUGUUUGGUGUUUUAACGUUUUGGAAUUUCAUUUUUCUCAGGAAAGUUAGCCGUCACAAAGCACCACUUGCAUCUCGUCUCUGUAGAAGGAUAUAGGUGUGUAUUCUCCCCUUAAGAGGGCCAGCACGGCAGCAUUUAUAGUCUGUGCAAAUUGCUUUUAGUAAUUAUCAAGACCUUAGUAGUAUAACACUGCGUAGUUGUUAAUGUACAGGAUCGUGGGUGUGAAUGUAUUCAGAUAAUGGACGCUCUUGUGUCAUGAGACUUUGAAAAUGUUUUGGCCUGUUUGUCAGAAAAAAACAUUUGCUCUCCACCCUGCUGUGUUUUAGUCAAACCUGAGAGGACUGGUAUUGGUCAGAUCAGAGGUAACUAGAAUAACAGUGAAGACAUCAAAACUAUGAAAUAACACAUAUGGAAUCAUGAAGUAAACAAAAAAGUGUUAAACAAAUCUAAAUAUAUUUUAUAUUUGAGAUGCUUCAAAGUAUCCGCCCUUUGCCUUGAUGACAGCUUUGCACACUCUUCUCUCAACCAGCUUCACCUGGAAAUCUUUUCCAGCAUGCGAGUUCCCACAUAUCCUGGGCACAUGUUGGCUGCUUUUCCUUCACUCUGCGGUCCAACUCAUCCCAAACCAUCUCAAUUGGGUUGAGGUC